AUGGCUCGAAUGACUUCAACGAGACGUGUCCGAACUCGCAUAGCUUGUUACCCCUGUCGGCAACGCAAGAGGAAAUGCGACGGUAAUCUACCUUGUGCUAUGUGCAGCACUUAUGGCUACAGGUGUCAGUAUGAGACGAACAACAACGACUUCGCAGCACCUUUUGCUCGACGAUCAGCGAUUAGGGCUGCUUAUGAAGUCGAACAAUGCGAAGAAAAUCUGAAAACCUCCUCAACAUAUGCGACUACGACGACCAAGAAGGGGAUUCUUGAUCCUACCAAGUCAAGAUACAUGGGGCUGAGCUCUGCAGUUGCAUUUCCUCGAGUUCUUGCACUUGAGCUGAACUCGACAGACCCACCACACUUACAUUCAUUUGCAUGGCACUGUGGAAUUAGGGAUGAAGAAAAGUCCGAAACGCACUUGGAAUUAUCCGCGAUCAUCACUAAAGAGGAAUGUAUAAGAUUCUCUGAUCGCUAUUUUAAGGUGGUGCAUCCCAUAUUUGGUUUUUUGGACCAGGGACAAACAGAGAGGAGCUUCGACUUGUACUGGAACUCGAAAACUGUAUCUGCGUCAGGAGCAGUGAUAGCGGGUAUAGUAGCGCUGGGAUCUUUCUUCUCUGGAAACUGCGGCCACCCUCGGGAGUCAGAUAUUGUGCAGUACGCCAAAGGAAUAUUGGAAGAUCCGAAAUUCAGUCGCUUGCCGUCUGUCGAGCAAGUCUCGGCUUGGGUUUUACGCACCAUCUAUCUGCGAGCGACUACUCGUCCUCAAGUGGCGUGGCUUGCUAGUUGCACUACGAUACAUCUUGCAGAGGCCACAGCAUUACACCACGAGGCCAAUGAAGUUGAACUCACAACCGCCAACAACAAUGUAGACCCGCUUACGUCUGAAAGGGCUAGAAGGCUUUUUUGGUGCGCUUGGUCUAUCAACACCAUCUUAUCGUAUGAUUACGGCAGAUCUAAUGUGGCUUUAAACACGGUAAUUACUUGCAAACAUGUGGUACCUACUAAUGAUGAUUAUACCCACCAGAUAAGCGAUCUUGCACGCAUGAUUCCGCUGGAAACGACAUCUUCGAGUUCAUCUGUCCAAAUUGUACAACUGUUGGACGCAUUGAACCAUCUGCACCAAUUUCAAGAAUCUCAUCCUUUUGUGAGUCUAACAAAAGCCGACUUGGCACUUUCUUUCUACCGCCGCCUAAGGCUGCUAAAUCAAACCCUUGACAAGAGAGGUGUUCAACAAAUCAUGGAUAUUUGUGACAGUGCUUUGAGAAUGAGCAUUGAUUUGGUGCAGGACAACGCAUUAUGGUGGAAUGUGCUGAGUGCACCCUUCCAGUAUGUUUGCACAUUGAUGGCCAUUGACACCAAAGAAAGCCUCGCACGCGUUGGUUCUGCCAAUGAUCUCUUCAAUCAAAUUGUGUCGGCUUUGGGAACACAUCUUGCCAUUGAGGCACAGACUACGGUUAAACUUUUGUUACAGGACUCUCUAAAAAAGAAGGAGCUCGAGGUCGCGCUGUUAGAAAGUGCUAUUCAAAGCAACCCUUAUGUCGCGCCGGAUCAGCCUCCAGAUAUCGACUGGAAUGCAUUGUUAGACCCUACCAAUGCCUUACACUAUAUGCAGAGGGAUUUUUCAACGUUUUAA